AUGGCGGCUUCCGAAGCCCCAGCCGAGGACAGAGUCUUCCGUACAAGAGGACUGUCUACAGAGUGUGAAUCUCGCCCACUUCCGCCCAGCUACCGGAAGUUGCCAUUUGAAAAGGCGGCGGCAGACUUGGCCUGCGACGCGGCGGUUGCUGCUGAGCAUAGUUUGAACGAGAGCGACAAGGACUGCAGGCAGGACCGGUCUCGGCUGUGCCGCCUCGUUAUGAUGACCAGUAUGUCUAAAACAGUGGAUAGCCUGCAGCCCACCUUUGCGCUGAGCGGCGGCCAGCCCGCAGACACACAAACUCGGGCCACUUCUAAGAGUCUCUUACCUGUUUGCUCCAAAAAAGUUGAUGUUUCCAAACAGCUUCAUUCAGGAGGUCCAGAGAAUGAUAUUACAAAAAUCACCAAACUGAGACGAGAGAAUGGGCAAAUGAAAGCUACGGACACUGCCACCAGAAGGAAUGUCAGAAAAGGCUACAAACCACUAAGUAAGCAAAAAUCAGAGGAAGAGCUCAAGGAAAAGAACCAGCUCUUAGAAGCUGUCAACAAGCAGUUGCACCAGAAGUUGACUGAAACUCAGGGAGAGCUGAAGGACCUGACCCAGAAGGUAGAGCUGCUAGAGAAGUUUCGGGACAAUUGUUUGGCAAGUUUGGAGAGCAAGGGCCUCGAUCCAGCUUUAGGUAGUGAGACCCUGGCAUCACAACAAGAAUCCACUACUGAUCAUACGGACUCUAUGUUACUCUUAGAAACUUUGAAAGAAGAGCUGAAGCUUUUUAACGAAACAGCCAAAAAGCAGGUGGAGGAGUUACAGGCCUUAAAGGUAAAGUUGGAGAUGAAAGAAGAAAGAGUCCGAUUCCUAGAACAGCGAACCAUAUAUAACAAUCAAGUAAAUGAUUUAAUAGCAGCCCUUAAGGAAAUGGAACAGCUAUUAGAAAUGUAAGAAGAAGCAAGUGGCCACAUGGCUCCCUCUUGGGCAUAAACUCUCAGAGGAAGCCACUUAAGACAUCUUCUUGGCCAUGAUCUUCUGGGACUCACCAUCUCCAGAAUGAAAACCGUUUCUACACUAGAAUUAAGUACCGUUUAUGCUGAAAUGACUAUUCCUCAUUUAAGCAAGUUUUCUCAACCUUUAGGUUGGUCAGCCCUCCUGAGCCUCACAGGUGGAUAAUUGAGGCCUAUAAGAGUGGGGGCACCUAGGAGCUUGGAUUGACCUUCUAGGCAACCACUUGAUUCUAGCACACGAUUAGAAUCGGGAGACUACUAACCACCACCAACGUGAGGAUCUAAAAUGUCACAUUCAGAUUUUCGGGAAGAAAAUCUUCAUUACAGUAGAGCCCAAGUGUUCCAUGGGAGACAUCAUUGAGCCAUGCUGUCCCCUUCUAAACCUGGAACACAUUCUGUCUAAUCCUGGUUGGGGUCUUUGCUUCCUUAUUAAUUUAUGAACUUAAAGUUGCUUGAAGUGUUUUGGGCUUAACAAAUGGGGUGAAAGUAUUGGUAGUAAUAACACCUACGUGAAACAAUACACCUUGGAGCUUUCUAAAUAUAAAUUACUUCCUUUUUUUUAAGUUCUACUUAAAAAAUAAAUACUUCUAAAAUAU